AUUAGGGCUAGAGUGGUUCAACGUUGCAGAAGCAUUGUGUGUAUAUAAGCAUCUGGCUGGAAAGAUUAUUGUUUUGGAUUUCUUUACUUAUUGUUGCAUUAAUUGUAUGCACGUACUACCAGAUUUAUAUCUUCUUGAGGAACAAUUUUCAAUCACGGAUGGUCUUGUUGUUGUUGGAGUACACAGUGCAAAAUUUUCCAAUGAACGUGUUUCAAAGAGACUCUUAGCAGCAGUACAGAGGUAUAAUAUAAGGCAUCCAGUUGUGAACGAUACAUCUCUGUCUACAUGGCGUGAUUUAGGAAUUUCCUGUUGGCCAACACUAGUAAUGAUAGGUCCCGGAGGUGAACCAUUAGCAGUUUUUGUAGGCGAAGGUCACAAAGAAGAAUUGAUCCUAUACUCGAGGGUGGCGUUAAAAUACUUUAAAACAUUAGAUCAAAUAUCUAACAAUGAUCUUCCUCUGCAGCUAGCAAAGCAUUUAUUGCCUUCCAUAGGAAAGAAAACUCUUCUGUUUCCCAGUAAGAUAGAAGUUUUUCCAACCGAACAAGGAGAAAGUUUGGUCAUAGCCGAUACUGGCAAUAAUAGAAUCUUAGUCACAAAUGUGACAGGAAGCGUGGAACAUGUCAUUGGUGGGCUUAAUCCGGGCUUUUUCGAUGGUAACUUCGAAAACGCUAAAUUUAAUGCUCCUCAGGGUGUGUGUGUGUUAGGUGCUACAAUUUACGUUGCUGAUAACGAGAAUCAUGCGAUUAGAAAGAUAGAUUUGGCAAAGAAGUUGGUAACUACAGUCGCUGGUACCGGUUGUCAAGGGCACGAUUACAUUGGAGGUAAACUUGGUACCAAUCAAGUUUUGUCGUCUCCAUGGGAUGUAUCUAUUUAUAGACAUGAGUACGGCGAGAAAUCUGUACCUGUAUUAUUGAUCGCGAUUGCGGGAACACAUCAGAUUUGGGCGCUUUUCUUGGAAGACUGUAUUUGGUGGAAAAAUAGGGAGUACAAAGCCGGUACGUGUAUUGCAAUCAUUGGAAGCGGUAGGGAAGAAAAUCGGAAUAAUACGUAUCCUCAUGCCGCUGGUUUAGCGCAACCAUCUGGAUUGAUUGUCGUUCAGGAGAGUAAGAUUGCUUUCUUCGCUGAUAGCGAAAGCAGCGCUAUUAGAUCCGUAGAUCUAAAGAAUGGUGGACGAGUUUCUGCCGUUUGUGGGGCGAAUAGAAACCCUGCGGAUCUACAUGAUUUCGGGGAUACGGAUGGCGCUCAAUAUGCAGUUAAGCUUCAACACCCUUUGGGCAUAACGUGGCAUCCGAAAGAAAAUGUCAUUUAUGUAACCGAUACGUACAAUCAUAAAAUUAAAAGAAUCGAUGCAAGCACAGGCUGCUGUAAAACAAUUUACGGUGAUGGGAAACCGAAUGACGCAUUUUCCUUCGAUGAACCCAGCGGUAUCGCCGUCAGUUCGAACGGAGAUCUUUUAUAUGUGGCGGAUACCAACAAUCAUGUCGUGAAAGUUAUCGACAUAAAGAGCAAUAAUGUUACCACGUUAUCUGUAAACAUUCCCAUAAUGAAAACAGACACACCGGGGAAUGUUUAUUUCUUUGAUACGGCCAUAAGUGACAAGGGUGGCGUGUUAAGCGUUACGUUCCACAUGAGUUUCCGCGAUAGCGAUUUAAAGUUGAACGCGGAUGCACCCCAAAAGUGGACUGUGACCUUGCCAGUGACUACAUGGGUGGCCAAAGCAAGAACCGGCGAUCUUACGAGUCCAGUGUCCAUACAAAUUACUGAAGGAAGUGGAACGCACGAGGUAUACGUGACUAUGGGCAUUAUAGCUUGUAAAACUACCGAAUGUGUACCGAAGAAACUAUCAAUAGUGUAUCGAGUACAUCAACAAACGGGAGCUUCCAAUACUGUAACGGAACAAAGACAGGUUGUCAUUAAAUAA